AUGGCGUCCGUGGCUGGUUUCUUCUUCCAGUCCCUGAACAAAUCCCUCGUGCAGGUGCUCCUGCAAAAGCUUGGGACGCGGUUUCUGAAGUACGUGAAUGCCGACCUCGAGAAGGCAGCCGUGGGCGGUUUGAUGGACCACUUUUGCCUCGAGAACGUGACGCUGAAUCUCUCGCAGAUCAACUCGGACCUCGCCGUCCACCACGUUCCACUCCAGCUCGCCUCCGGCUCGAUCGCGAAAGUCGAAAUCAACCUGUACCUCGCCCACUCCCAGCUCCACAUCAUUCUCACUGGCCUCCACGUCCUCGCGCUCCCCUCAGCCGCGUGCUUCCUCUCGGACGCCGCGUCGCGCCCUGCUUUCCAUCCUUCCUCAGGUCCGCCUUCGCGGUCCGCCACGCAUGCGUACGCAGCCGACACGUCGUCGCUCCCCGCUUCGGCGGAGAGAGCAGACAGCGUGGCCCGAGAGAUCUACGACAACCAAGUCGAAAAGGUUCGGUCGCACAUUCGCGUGUGCACUCACCGCCUGUUUCAAGAAGCCGUGAAAAAGUAUCUGGAGCGCCUGCAGAGACUCGUGCGGCAGCUGCGACUCCAGCUGCGGGAGAAGGCCGCCGCGGGUGGCUCGGACGAGGUGCUGACUGCCGCCAUAGAUCGCCACGUCGACGAGUCGAAGCGUCUGCAGCUUUACCUCCAAGCCAUUGCGCAGGAAGAAGCGGAAGGACAGCCCUUUCUCCAGUGGGUUCUCCGGUACAUGCCAAACAUCAAGAUCCGCUUCGACGGCAUCCACGUCCACUACGACGACGUGCGAGGCACUCUGUCCCACCCCGUCAGAUGCGGAGUGAAAAUCGCCCGUCUGCUCCUUCAGCCCCAACCAGGCACGUGGCAGUUCCUCUGGCCGGACGACGAGGAGACCGCGCCAAAGACCGGAGGCCGAAGGCCGCAGGUCGGAAAGAACACGGCGAGCGGCGACGCGUCCAAUGUUUUCCUGGAUUUUCUGGAAGGCGAGCGCGGCGACGGCUCGGCUCCAACCGCAGAGUCUCCGCCUUCGGCGGCCGGGGGCCAAACGAGCGCGUCGUUCUCAGGCUCCAAGGAUCUAACCUACGCCAUUUCGAUUGAAGGUUUCGGCAUUUACUGGGAAGAUGCAUGCGCCACAGUCGCAGCGACUGCGGCUGCCGCGGGGACUGCAAGCGCUCGGACUCCCGCACCGACUCCUGGAACGGCUUCUCCCGCCUUUGAUUCUUCGUCUCUGGUUCGCUCGCCGCAGGAGUUGGCCGACGUUCUGUCGUCGUCGCUUUCUUCCGGUGCGUCUCCCGGAGACGCGAGCUCGUCUCCGCCCGGCCCUGGACGGUCUCCGAUCCCGACGCGACCGCUGCCUGUGCGCCGCGGAGGCGCCUCGGCGUCCGGCGCCUCCACCGUGGCCGACGAGAAGGCCUUCGCCGAUUCAGCCGGGUGUCGGACAGACGAGAGCUUUUUCCCGCCCGGUGGAGCAGAAGACGUUUUCUUCCGACGGUGGCUGAUCCGCCCCGUCAGCCUCCAGGCGCAGCUCGGCCUCCACAACGCUUCAGCGGCGCAGACUGUCUCUUCUGGGGGUGUCGGCGACGGGUUGGCGGCCCCGUCCGCGUCUCCGGGCGACGCCUCGACCGCGUCGGGCUCCAGUCCCACGGGGCCGGGUGGCGGUGCGGCCUCGCGACAAAACCUGAAUCUGAAGCUCCUGGGAAGAAUCGAGGGCGGUCUGGAAGUGGAGAUCGACGAAGGAAUGGUGAUGGGAGUCUCCGUCUUUCUAGAGCGGCUGCGUCACCAGGCGCGCCUGCGCUCCGUCCGGCUCUAUCGCCCCAACAUGCGACCGCGGUGCUCCCGACGGAGGCAGGAGCGAGAGCGGCGAGGGGACGGCAGCGGCAGCGACGGAGAAGGCCCGGAACCGUAUGGGUUGCGUGGAAGCAAGGACAAAAACACCUGCAAACUCUGGUGGAUCUACGCGUUCCAGUACGUGAAACGCGUCCGACGCGAACGGCCGACGCGUGGACUUCUUGCCCCUGCAGGCGAGGCGCCGCCCAGGAACUACUGGGGACGAAUGGAAGAGCGCAUUGCACACAUGAAGAGGUACAUGCGGAUCGCGAAGCGGUACAUGCUUGAGCAGCGCAUGCAGCGACUCCUCUCGAGCUCGCGCGCGGCGGGGGCAUCCGCUUCUGGGCCGCCGUCUUCCUUCCCGGCCGAGACGGAUGUCUCACCCUCUGCCUUGCCGUUCGCCUUGACGUCUCCGCCCGCGUCGCUGCUGUCUCUCUCUUGCCCCUUCCUCGGCAACGUCGCCUCUUCGUUCUCCUCGGCGGCUGCGGCCUCUUCGGGGCUGCCUUACACCACAGCCGAGGAACACCUUGUGGACUUUUUUGCCCACUUCUGGGCCGAGCGACAGGCGCAGCUCCGGAGGCAGGAAGCCCGAGGCGGCGGCUCUGCCGGAGGAUCCCGGUUUCCGGCCUCCGACGAAGACUCCGACGCGUCGUUCGUCGUGGGAAUCCUUGCGCGCCGGCCGCACUGGGCGGUGGCCCAGUGGCACAUGCUCGCCGCAGCCGAGCUCGACGCGGCCGAGAAGGCGCUGCUGAAGACGCGCUCUGUGGCGUCUCAGAAAGAGGAACAAAAAGCCGUCGCCGUCCUGCUGGCGCAGCUAGAGCAGGAACAACUCCGCCUCGUCCACGCCCAACAGCGCCGCCUCCUCGCCGCGCACCUGGAACCCGACGGCUCUCGCCAGAACGCCGCGGCGCUCGCGCAAGUUCAGCUGCAAGAGAGCGAACAAGCGCAGGCUGUGCACCGCGUGCAGGCGAAAAUCCAGGAACUUCUGCAGCCGUAUCGAGAGGCGGUUUUGGACUAUUUUGACACUGUGCCCUCGUUCGUGCGGCUCGCCCGAGAAGCUGUCUCCAAACUCUUCGACUUGCGAAAUCUCCAAGAAGAAGGUCCGGACCGCGACUCCACGCUCAAGCGGCAAGAAGCAGGGGAGGACUACAGAGAAGCCGCGCAGCAGCUGCAACGAAGUCCCUCGUGGAGCCUCUCUCGGGAGCGCAUGCUGUGCUGGGCCGAGUUUUACCGAAACUACACAACGGUCUUCCCUCUCACAGACUGUGUCCUGGUGGACGUGAACGAGUUACAACAGCUGGCGCAUCAACAGCAAGAGACCGUUUUGUCUCUCGCAGAAAGCACCCGCCUGCCGGUGAAACGCGCAGAGCGUCGAGCCCCUGCGCGCCAACCAAGUGAAGAGGGCGUCGCGCCCUCGCGCGCCGUCCCCCCCGUCCCGGCCUUGCUGCAGCAGGUGCUGGAAGGCUCGGCCUUUCGCGUGCCUUCGGCGUUGCGGAAUCUCCUGCUCGGCGUCCUGGUUCGGCGGCUGAGCGUUCGCAUCGCGCCGCGGGCCGCAGGUCUGGUACCCUGUUCCGCGCGUCUCCCCCUCCUCCAGGCGCGUCUCGAGGAGCAACAGCGCAGUCGCACUCUGCAGUGGAUCGAACUGGAGUGCGUCGACACGGCUGUCCGCCUACAGACCUACGAGGAGCUAUCCCUUUCCGCCUGCAUGCGCAGAUGCGACAUUCUCCACGUGCGCGGCACGCGGGCCCCCAGCCGUCCCGGGGGGACGGCUGGCGGCUGCAGGGAGCGCUCUGGCGACGAGCGACGCGUCGUCGCUGCGGGACAGCUCCAUGCGGAGGCGAGGCACGUCCUCCUCAGAUGUGCCUGCGCCGAGAGGAACGGCCAGGCCGAGACUGUGACGCGCACGAACUCCCCUUGGGCCUCGCCGCGCUCGGAAGGUUCUUCCGCAACUCUUUCUUCCUCGGUCGCUUCUGUGUCGCCUUCGCUGCAAGUCCGGUGCCCGCUGUCGGUUCCCGAGACGGGAGUGUCUGGGCGUCGCGAGGCGCGCCGCGAGUGUAGAGACAUCGCGGACGCGCUUGUGCAUCCAGAGAACGAGGGCGAGAGUUGGAGGGAGUCCGGCGGGGCAGACGUUCGGGUACAGAGAAGUCUGCGCGCGGCGGAGAGCGACAGCGCGCUCGGGGCGAUUGGACACGCGGGGGGGACCAGCCGAACCGUGCAGCUAAAGCAUGCGUUUCAGCGAGGCGUCACGAGCACGCAGAGGCUCCAGCAGAGGAUCUCGAAAAAGUGGAUUUGGUUUCACGCGAAACUCCUCACUCUGCCUCUGCUGCAAACGCAGAGCCGCCUCGGCGUGCCUCUCUUCUUCCACUGCGCCUUCCAAGGCCAGCACGUUCAAGUCGCCGGAACGACGCAGCAGCUCCAAUUCCUCUACGAGGACCUGUGGCGACUCUGGACAGUCUUCGUGUAUGCGGCUCUCGGAUGCAAACGCGAAGACGGCGUCCGACAAGGAAGCAUUCAAAGUUCGGGCCGCCUGGAAUUUUACAGCACUCUGCUGGCGCAGUACAGCGCGCACAACCGCCACGUGGCUCGGACGCGCCGGGGCGCGAAAGAAGACGGCAAACCCACGCCGAUGUCGACAGGCGCCUUCAGCUCUUCUCUCAAGCGCGAAGGCAGUCCAAUCAGUCUCCAAUUUCUCGUCGAGCGCAUUGUCGCCUGCGUCCAGGAGCCUUCUUCUGGUGCGCCGCCGGGGUCGACCGUGUCUGCUUCCGUCCUGGCGCCGGUGGCUUCAGAGCUCGCAGAGCCUCUCGCUGCUCGGGCGCACGCGUCUGCCGAGGCGCUUGACAGCGUCGACUCGCUCCCGUCCGAGGGCUCUCCCGCCGACUCCAGGGACGCAUCCUUCUCCCGCACCGCACCUUCUCCCUUUUCUUCGAUUUCUUCUGCACGCACCUCUUCGCGCUCGAGCUCGCGAAGGGGGAGUGGGCUGCCUUCGUGCGCGUCGCCGGCGUCGGAGGACACGCCUCAGUACUUUUCAAUUCCUUCCUUCCCCGUCUUGGCUGAGGCGCCGCGGACUUCCGAGCCUAAGAGCGGGGCCGCUUCGUGGGCACCAACCCCAAGGAAACCCCGCCUUGUGGGCCGCACGGAGCAAGAAAGCUUGCUGCGCGACUGGCAUACAGUUGCCUCUGCGCUGCCGCUCGUUCACGUCUUUUGCCGCGUGAAGUUCCCGAGCGUUGAAGUGUCUCUGCUGGACGAGCCGAACUUUGUGUCUCUGAGGGCCGCGACCGACAACGGUGGCGCCGCACAGCGCCCGCCCCCAGCCGGCGCUGAACUUGACGUCUUCGCCUUCUCGUCGGCAGUCGCGCACUACGAAGACAGGCGCGGGAAAAGACCGAACGUUCCGGACGUGAACGGCGCGCUCGAGCCGUGCAUCGUCUCCAUCACCUCGUUCGGCGGCAAACAGCAGCUGACUCCGAUCCCUCAGCACCGCCGUCUCGAGAGUUACGGGUCCGGGCCAUCGCGUCUCGAGGCGCGUCUCGACGCAAAGACGCGCUCGACCGCCACAACCUUCACCUUCUCGCUUCCUUCCCAGACGCUCUUCUUCUCCCUCGGGACGGGCGGCCAGUUCCGGUCGGGCGAGGACGCGCGGGGGAAGUCUCCGGACCUCGCCCCGCGUCUCUUGUUUGCCUUGUCGCCUUUCCUGCAAGCCUCGACGUCUUCGGUCCUCGCCUUCCUCUCUUCCUUCUCCAUUGUCUCGGCGCUCGUCCGCGAGAAACUGGGGCUUUACCAGCUCUUCCAGCAGCUGCUGUCGCCGAGCGCGUUCGAACACGCCCCGGACAACCUCCUAGCCCUCAUUCAGCGCCAGGUCCUCUUGCCUUCGGCGCCGAGCGGAUUCCAUCCCCUCGCCUCCACCUCGCGAGGAGUCGCAUCUUACCACGCGGGAGGGUCGAAAUCCGACUGCUUCGUCAGCCUCCGCAGCAUCCCCGUGAGGGGUGGGAGCGACGAGGCCAGUGCAAGUCUCGCCUCGAGUUGCGUGCGCCUCGGCGCCGCUGGCGGGUUCCGGCCGAGUGCGGGGUCGGGGAGGGCGCGCGAGGCAGCGUUCGAGGAGCUCGGCUUCUUGCAUGCAGUUCGAGAGAAGAGCGACGAGGACGGUCGCCUCCGCGAAGACAGCGCCGUCAGCUGCUCGGAGGCGGGCAAACGCGACGCGACGCUCUGGCUCCACCUCCUCGAAAGUUCUCUCGCGCCGCUCCCUUCCUUCCCCAGCCCCUGCGGGCUCAGCGGGCCACGUUUGGUGCACGAUCGGUGCUCCAGCGAGAGUGAGGGUGAAGAUGCAUGCGAGCGCGAAAUCACCCCGACAGGCCCUCGGCGAGAGCACACGAGCCCACGAACAAAAAAAUGCGGAGUAGAAGGCAGGAGGCAGCGACUCGGCCGAGAACGCGCAGACAGAGACGAAGAGAAGAGCUCGCGUCUCACCUGUCCCGUUCCGCAGGUUCGCCUUGACGACGACGGCGGGUGCCCGUCAGAGGCCUUCCUUUCGCACUCCGAGGCGGAGCCCGACAGCGAAACGCAGGGAGACGCGCGAGAAGCAACCGAAGACGACGGCAUUGCGACGCCUGAGAGGGGACGACUCACGAGCGGAGAGCUCGCCGGCGAUGACGCGCAGGUGCGGUCUGUCUCUGCGGCUCCCCCGGGCGAGAGAGACGCGUACCCUGAGGGCGACGCGCAGAAAGGAGACACCCAAGAGGAUGCGUCGAGUCGCCAGGCCUCGGGGGAUCUUCCGCCGUUCCCCCUGCCUCAGACGGCUCGAGCAGCUGAGCGGCCCGCUGAGGCGACGGAGCGCGAGACGAGAGAAUCGUCCCGAGCCUCACAGAAAGCCGACGAAGAGAGCAGAAGUUCCGACAAGCGCGAGGAAGGCGCAGAACUGCAAGGCUGUCUCGCCUCGGGAACAGAACUACAACCCGAUUCUUCCCGUCCGACAGGCACCUGCGGCCCCGCUUCCUCUGCCUUGUCUCCGCGCUUCCGAGAAGGAACAAGAGGCGACGCGGGAGCCGGCGCGGGGAGUGUCUCUCCCGCGGUCGAGGCGUCGUCAAAGGCGAAGGACGACCAAGAGCUAGCGACGCUUUCGCUGUCCCCGCCUUCAGCUGGAGCGGAGAGCAGGCACGAGCUUCUUUCAGCCUCGCAGCCUGGAGAAGACGGACGACAGACGCCGCCGGAAUCCAUUUGCCGGGCCCGCGCUGAAGCGCAUGCAGACCAGGCUCGUAGCGGCUCUCGCGACUCUUCUUCCUGCUCCGAAGCCUCGGUCUCGUCUUCCUCGAAACGCCUCAGCAAUGUUCUCCUGCGCGUCGGCAGGAAACAAACUCCCAGUCAGCAGCCACCUUCCACUCCUUCUUCUUUUUCGUCUUCUUCGUCUUCUUCUUCUUCUUCUUCUGCUUUUGGUUCGCGUCGACCGUCUCCGUUUCGUGCGGGGGUGUUUCGCGCUGAGAGCGGCGAGGGACAGCGUGAGGGCGCUUUGGAUUCGAGCGAGGUGAUUCGCGGCAUCCGCGGCGUCAAGGCCGGUAAAAAGUCGCAUCCGUUCAAGCUCUUCAACGGGUGA